UCCCAGGAGUUGAUUGCAUUGAAUCUGCUAGAGUAGUGCCAUAGCCGCUCUCUGCCGGUAGGAGUGAGACCGUCCUGUUUUAGUCGCUGGAACAACCAGAAAGGAAAGACCUGACCCCUGGAUCUCCCUCUGUAGUGAUGUCGGAGCUCAGCGAUGAAGCCAGUGAGCCGGAGCUCCUGAACCGCAGCUUGUCCAUGUGGCACGGGCUGGGGGCUCAGGUCAGCCGGGAGGAGCUGGCCGUCCCCUUGGAUCUUCACACAGCUGCUUCCAUCGGCCAGUACGAAGUGGUGAAGGAAUGUGUGCAGCGGAGAGAGUUAGAUUUGAAUAAGAAGAAUGGUGGUGGCUGGACCCCGCUGAUGUAUGCCUCCUACAUCGGACACGAUACCAUCGUGCACCUGCUGCUGGAGGCGGGGGUGAGCGUGAACGUGCCGACCCCAGAAGGGCAGACUCCGCUGAUGCUGGCUUCCAGCUGUGGCAACGAGAGCAUCGCCUACUUUCUCCUCCAGCAAGGUGCCGAGCUGGAAAUGAAGGACAUUCAAGGCUGGACUGCCCUCUUCCACUGCACCAGCGCUGGGCACCAGCAGAUGGUCAAGUUCCUUUUGGACAGUGGAGCGAAUGCCAACGUGAGGGAACCAGUGUAUGGAUUUACUCCUUUGAUGGAAGCAGCUGCUGCUGGCCAUGAGAUAAUUGUGCAGUAUUUUCUCAAUCAUGGAGUGAGAGUGGACACAAGAGACCACAGCGGGGCCACAGCCCGGAUGCUGGCCAAGCAGUACGGACACAUGAAGAUCGUGGGGCUGAUCGACGCUCACUCGCCUGCUCUGCCCAAGAACGUCUACCGGAGUCCAGACAAAUUUGAAGACCUAAGCUCUUCGGAUGAAUCCUGCCCCAUUCCGCAGAGACAGAGGCCCUGUCGGAAGAAGGGUCUCAGCAUCCAUGAGGGGCCUCGAGCCUUGGCCAGGAUCACAGCCAUUGGACUUGGGGGCAAGAUGCAGCAGCCUUUCCGCGAGCAGGUGCCUCUGCCGGGCUACGUCACCUUCAACAGCAGCGACGAGAACCCGCUGGUGGUGGGAGGCCUCUGCUACAGGGACGUCACCUCCCCGAUCAAUGACCGGGAUGUGGAGAGCAGCAGCAGCAGCAGUCGGGAAGAGCGUGCCCUCUGUGCCAGCCUGGGGGCCGGGGGACGCAGCAGCAGCAGCGAGGGCCUGACCAGAGCCCCCGGAGUCAGCAGUGAGGCGUCGCUGGAGAGCAACGAGGAUUCGGAUCAUGCCUGUCAGAGUUCGGUUCGCAAGCAAACUAAAAGCUACAUGAAGACCAAGAAUCGUCACAGCAACAGCGCCAGCCCGUGGCCUCCCGGCACUGGCCCUCCCGGGGCAGCCUCUUCCCCAGGAUCCAUGACCCAGACAGAGAGAUGCCCCCAUUCAGGACCUCAGGACCUCGCCACGCUGCUGGAUCAGAUUGGGUGUCGGAAGUACCUGCAGGUGUUCGAGGAGCAGGACGUGGACCUCCGCAUCUUCCUGACCCUCACGGAGAGCGACCUGAAGGAAAUCGGCAUCACCUUGUUUGGGCCGAAGAGGAAGAUGACCUCUGCCAUUGCCCGCUGGCACAGCAGCGCCCGUCCCCCCAGCGAUGCCCUAGAACUGGCCUAUGCCGACCGGCUCGAAGCAGAGAUGCAGGAGCUCGCCAUCCAGCUGCACAAGCGCUGUGAGGAGGUGGAGGCCAUGCGGGGCCAGGUGUCGCAGGAGCAGGAGCUGCGCGCCGUGGUGGAGAGCUGCCUCCUGGAGCAGGACGGUGCCCGGAAGGACGUGCACGCCCAGCUGCAGGAGACCUGGGCCCUCGCCCGGGACGCCGCGCUCGUCUUGGAGCAGCUGCGAGCCUGCCAAGCGGAGCUGUCAGCCAGAGUGAAGCAGGAGGUGUCCACCCGAGGGUCCCCCCUGGGCAGAGCCCUCCUCCCCACAGCUGAUUCCAGCGGCUGGCAGGCCUCACUGCAGACUCUGAGCCUCCCUGAGCUGUCAGGAGCACUGGAGGAUCGAGUCCAGGAAAUGGGGCGAGUGCUAUGCUCAGUGACCCAGAGCUUGGAGAAGCUGCAAGUGCUGAACGGGAAGGAGAACUGGCGGGAGCCUUAGCUGGGAGGGACGAAUCUGACGUUGGGUGACUGAUCCACCCUGAAGCUGUGUGCCUGGAAGACAGGAGUGCAGACAGCAAGCAGCUGUGGCGGGCCGGGCCCCAGCGGGCCGGAGGAUCCAGCCUCCCAAGCAGCCAGCAGAAGCAGCACAGGGCUGGGGCCGGUGCGAGGAGUGAGGCCCCCACAGAAGCAGGACGGGGGCCUGUAGGCCAGAAUGUGGGGGUGAGGCCCAGAGUGGGCAGGGCCACGGUGGGAGAGAGCAGAUCCCUGUACACCACAGGUGCCCCAUGGAGAGGACUAGGCACCUGGACAGCAUAUGUCAUUUGCUGGAAAAUAAAAUGUAAGCUCUGA